CCGCGGUCGUGCGUAAGGACGGCGGGUCAGCUGACCGCUAUCAGACGACCAGCGGAAUUAGCGGGUGUGUGAACAAGGAUCCUGCUGGAAAUACAUCUAUAUAUUCCAGUUAAACGGGAAGCGGGAGGCUGGUGACGUUCGUAAGAGAACCAGGGAGGUGUUAGGUUUCACCAUGGCAAGUUGGGAUUGAGAGGCAGCCACAAUGAUUGGAGGACUCUUCAUCUACAACCACAAGGGGGAGGUCCUCAUCUCCCGCGUCUACCGAGAUGACAUAGGGCGUAAUGCCGUGGACGCGUUCCGUGUGAACGUGAUCCACGCCCGGCAGCAGGUUCGAUCCCCAGUGACAAACAUUGCCCGCACCAGCUUCUUCCAUGUCAAGCGCUCCAACAUCUGGUUGGCAGCUGUCACCAAGCAGAAUGUCAACGCCGCCAUGGUGUUUGAGUUCCUUUACAAAAUGUGUGACGUGAUGACGGCCUACUUUGGCAAGAUCAGCGAGGAAAACAUCAAGAACAACUUUGUGCUCAUCUAUGAGCUGCUGGAUGAGAUCCUGGACUUUGGCUACCCCCAGAACUCAGAGACUGGAGCCCUGAAGACCUUCAUUACUCAGCAGGGCAUUAAGGGACAGCAUCAGACAAAAGAGGAGCAGUCUCAGAUCACUAGCCAGGUGACGGGGCAGAUCGGCUGGCGUCGUGAGGGCAUCAAAUAUCGCCGCAAUGAGCUCUUCCUGGAUGUACUGGAAAGUGUCAAUUUGCUCAUGUCUCCACAAGGCCAGGUUCUGAGUGCCCACGUGUCGGGCCGAGUCGUGAUGAAGAGCUACUUGAGCGGAAUGCCCGAGUGCAAGUUUGGCAUGAACGACAAGAUCGUCAUCGACAAGCAGGGCAAGGGAGGAGCGUCCGAUGAUGCAGGGAAGAGUGAAUUAGGGGGAGGAAGCGGGAAGCAGUCCAUAGCCAUCGAUGACUGCACUUUCCAUCAAUGCGUGCGUCUCAGUAAGUUUGACUCUGAGCGGAGCAUCAGCUUCAUCCCUCCUGAUGGAGAGUAUGAGCUCAUGAGAUAUCGCACCACUAAGGACAUCAUCCUGCCGUUCCGAGUUAUUCCUCUGGUCAGGGAGGUGGGCCGCACUAAAUUAGAGGUUAAGGUGGUCAUCAAGUCCAACUUCAAACCCUCGCUGCUGGCUCAGAAGAUUGAGGUCCGAAUCCCAACACCCCUCAACACCAGUGGCGUCCAGGUUAUUUGCAUGAAGGGAAAAGCCAAAUACAAGGCCAGUGAGAAUGCCAUUGUCUGGAAGAUCAAACGUAUGGCUGGGAUGAAGGAAUCUCAGAUCAGUGCUGAAAUUGAGCUGCUCCCCACCAAUGAUAAGAAGAAAUGGGCCAGGCCUCCCAUCUCUAUGAAUUUUGAGGUUCCUUUCGCUCCAUCUGGCCUGAAGGUGCGCUAUUUGAAGGUGUUUGAGUCCAAGCUCAACUACAGUGACCAUGAUGUCAUCAAAUGGGUGCGGUACAUCGGCCGCUCUGGCAUCUACGAAACUCGCUGCUGAAGUCCAACACCGCCAGGCAGCAAAUUGACCACUUCCCUCCCAUCAACCCUGUUGAGAAUUUUUUUUCUUCUUUCCUCUUUUGACUUUGUCUUCUUCCCUCAGUCCUUAUGACUUCCCUCCCUCCCUCAUUGUCCCUUCUUAACUAGGUGUUGGAGAUUGAAUUUACAUCGUUUAAAAAAAGUAAAAAAAAUAAAAUAAAAAAAGUAAAUAUGGUAUAAUGCACAGACAUAUGCAAAAUGUGAACCAUUGUAUCGUAUAUAUCUAGUAGUGAAGAGUAAAAUUGUAAACCAACUGGCGUCUGAAAGAAAAAGACAAGUGAUGCAGAGGCUCAGGGGGAGAGAGCUGGAGGCUCAAACGGAUGCCCUGUAGUGUUCAGUGUUAUUGUUCCACUAUCUGCUCUCUUCUUUAGAGGUCCCAUAUGCCAGUUAUCCCUUGUAAGAUGUUUAAUUGCUAUUGUGAUUUAAUCUAAAUCUGACAGUUCCUGUACACAGCUUACAUCCCUGUAGUGUCCCCUCUGAAUUAAUUAGCUGUUUUUGAACUGUUUGUGUACUUUGUCACUCAACAGGACAAGAAGCUGUAAUCAUUCCCAACACACUGAGCCUAUUUUGGGCUGUUGGAAAAAGAUAAAUAACUUUGUGCAAGCUGUUUUUGUACUUUCAAGCAUUUUUUUUUUUUCAGUUUUUCAUUCAAUAGUUAUUAAACCCCUGGCUGUUUGGAGGUUUGACUAUCAUCCUGAUGCGAUAGUUCUCAUACCCCUCCACCCUUCCAAUGUUUUAUAAGCACUAAAAUCCACUUUGUCACACUAUUUUUGAUGCAAAGAUCAGUCUCUGGAGUGUUUGCAGUGAGGUGAGGUCUCCCCCUGGUGUUUGCUUCACUGCAGUCUGCUUCUUAAUGUUUGUAGCCCUGGUGACCGUUCUGUCCAAUAAAAUCUAUGUAACCAAA